UCGAUGAGACGUCAAAUUUGCGUCAACUCAACGCUGAGAAACGAAACGAACAUCGUUUUGAUCCGCAGAAAAAAACAGAAGUUUUUGCAGUUUUUAAUUGAAAAAAAUAAUUUUGGUGCAGUGAAAACCUUUAUUUUACCCAGUAAUCACAGCUUACGGGCAAUUCCAUUCGAACAUUAAAGAAAAUAUCUCUGCAGAAACUAAGCCUUUGAGCAGCCACAAUGAGUUCGGAAGAGAGCACAGAGCCAACCCCCAAUGAGCAGACUACUGCUGAACAAUCAGAGGAACAGGAGCAACAGCAGUCGGUCAGUGAACUGGAAAAACAGGAAGAAGCUAAGAUGAAGGCAAAGUACGGCCCAAAUACAGGUCUCGGACCUCGUGGACUUGGUGGCCAUUCAGCUUUCCUACAGAAGCGACUCCAGAAGGGGCAAAAGUACUUCGACUCUGGCGAUUAUCAGAUGGCAAAACAGAAAGGCGGUGGCGUGAAGCAGGUGUUUGCCAACAAGGUCCCAACAGGCGAGGCCAUUCCCACGCCGGAAACCGUACCUGUGAGGAAAACGUCGAUUAUUCAGACCUGCAACAAGUUUCAAAGUUAAGUAAGCGUAGAGCAUCUUUGCCUGUCUCAUGUGAACAUUUACUGAUAUCCGCCCUUUUUUCAUCCCCACCCUCCUCCCCACACAAGAUUGUUUUAUUCUCAUUGUACUUGUGCCGAUUUUUCGAAUCAGCUCCAACUAUACGAACAUAAAUUCCCUUUACCCCUCCUUUUCGGCAUGUGGACACCUUUCAUGGGCAGUGGACCGCGUGCUACUGAAACUAGAUUCAACAGAAUCUUAUAUUUAGGUACAUGUUUUAAUUACUCAAAAUAUACGUUACACAUAUGAUCAUCAGCUUCAAGAAAGUUUCCUUAUUUAAUUCUUUAGAUCAAUGAGCAAAAAAUAUAGUAGGGAAAUAAUACACAAAGAUACAAAAGUCACUUGAAAUGAAAAAAAAAAUCUCACUUGGAAACGUUUUUUGCUUUACUAAAAGGUGGUGACGAUUCUAACAGAUCAGUUGAGGUGCACACGUUAUACAGUUCACACUGGAUGCAUUGCGAGGGGUUUCACACACACAAAGUUCAUUUAGUAUCGGCCGAAUAGCUACGCGUCUGAAUUGCAAAGUGCACAGCGCGAACAUUUUAAAGUGUUAUCCCGCUGAACUGAAACCAGCUUUUCUGUGCAAACGGGGAGAGAGUUUCGAUGUUCUGUAAUGUAUAUGUGAAUAAUUAUCCAUUUUAAUUUUAAAUGCUAGGGAAAA